CAUCUAGGACUGAUAAUACCCCUUUCUGAAAUCCAUUUCGCUACCAACAACUUCGAUCAAAAACUUUUGAUUGGCAAGGGUGGAUUUGGCAACGUCCAUAGAGGAACUCUCAGGGACGGCACUAAAGUUGCCGUGAAACGGAGUGCGCCGGGGUCAGGACAAGGCUUCUCUGAGUUCCAAACCGAGAUCACCGUCUUGUCCAAAAUCCGCCAUCGCCACCUCGUUUCCUUAAUUGGGUAUUGCUCUGAACGGUCCGAGAUGAUACUAGUUUACGAGUUUAUGGAGAAGGGGAGCUUAAGAGAUCACCUGCACGGUUCCGAUUUCCCAUCCUUACCAUGGAAGCAGAGGCUCGAUAUCUGCAUUGGAGCAGCCAGGGGCUUGAACUACCUCCACAAAGGCGUGGUUGGAGGAAUUAUUCACCGGGACGUCAAGCCCACCGACAUUUUGCUUGACGAGAAUUACGUUGCGAAGGUUGCCGACUUCGGUCUGUCGAAGUCGGGGCCUUUGGAUCCAAGCCAAACCCAUGUGAGUACGGGGGUCAAGGGCACCUUCGGAUACCUCGAUCCAGAGUACUUUAGGACUCAACAGCUGACGGAAAAAUCAGACAUGUACUCGUUUGGAGUGGUUCUUCUCGAGGUGCUAUGCACCAGGCCUGCCAUCGACCCAUCCCUUCCCAGAGAACGGGCAAACUUGGCUGAAUGGGGCAUUACAUGCAUCCAGAACGGAACCAUCGAGCAAAUCGUGGACCCUGUUCUUGCUGGUCAGAUCAAUCCCAACUCGCUGAGGAAAUACAGGGAGGUUGCUGAGAAAUGCUUGCGAGAAGAGGACCAAGAGAGGCCCAGCAUGGGGGACGUGCUCUGGGACUUGGACUACGCCUUGCAGCUUCAGCAAACUGCGGUGAAAAGAGGGAUGUACGACGAUAGCACAACCGACGGUUCGUCAAUUCUGAAUCAUUCGAACGUGAGGAAGCUCCCAUCGAUCGGCAAAGAUGUGGUCGAGGAAGAUGGGGCGGCCACAGAAGGGGCGGAUUGAUCGGUGAUGUCCAUGAGUGGAGUUUUCUCCCAGAUGAACAUUGAUGAAGCCAGAUGAGUUUCAUAUUGCAGUAAAUUUCUAUAGUGUUUCCGAGUUGUUUUCAAAUAUGCAUCCUACUGUACUGAUCUGAGAAAGAAGUGUAAAUGUACGCACCUGUCUUGUAUUGCAUCUUGUUGCAGUAUUUGGUCCAUUAUAGUUGUUGUUGUUGUAAUGUGUACUCUCAUAUAAGGCUAUUGUACAAGAGAGGGCGGACAAUGGACCGUGAUAAACGGGAACGUGGGAGAGAUUGCACGCCCCUUAGUUGCAGACCUUGAAUAAAGCCCCUGUUUCACAGAUUGCACCAUGGAUGUCCUGCUCUGUAAUUGUUUUUGGUGCUUAUGCUAGAUGGCUUUUAUAGUUA